AUGCGAGAAGGGGAAAUCCUGAAAACGUACUCGGACAGGUACUGGGAGAUGUAUAAUGAGAAAGAGGAUGACUUUGAAGAUGUCACCAUCAGUACUUUCAAGAGUGGCCUCCCAGCCGAGCAUGGUUUAAGGAAGUCCUUAACAGGAAAACCAGUCACCAGCCUGCACCAACUUAUGAACCGUAUUAACAAGUAUAAAAAGGUUGAAGAAGAUCAACAACUCGGUAAAGGAAAAGCUAAGGUUAUCCCUCAGGAGAGGACGGAUUUCAGGUCGAACCGAUUCAAUAAUAACCGGCCUCGAAGAGAUUUUGCUGGACAAUCAGGGUCUACCAACACCCAGACCGUUAAUGCAAUAUUCCGAGAACCGGUGCACCAGGUUUUAGAAAAGAUUAAGAACGAGCCAUUCUUCAAAUGGCCAAAUAAAAUGGUUGGAAACCCCUUAAGACGCAAUUAA